AUGCUGCCGCAUCCGCCCAGCGAUCACUUGCAUCACUUCGAGCGCCGACUUCACCUCUGCCAAGUGGUCCUCUGGUUGCACGAGAAGUUUGAGCAUCAGCCGGGGGGCGAUGUGGUAAACUCGGGGACCAGCAAGGCGUCGGUGCUCCUCUCGCGGGCCGUGCUGGGCAAGAUGGUCAAGCGCGCCUUCCCCGACGUCGUCACCGUCAGGCGCGGCGCCCGCGGCUCCACCAAGGAGCACUACGUCGGCCUGGCCCGCAGGCAGCGACCCAUCGUCAAGGCCGAGCCCGAGCCCGAGCCCGACCACGUAGAAGAUGAUGAUCAGCAACAGAACACAACAUCCACGUCGACAUCCACAUCUACCACUACAUCUACCUCCACAUCUACAUCUUUCUCCACAUCAAUUAUUCCAUCAUCUCCGAUCCAGACCCAGGCGUUGAAGUUGCCGCUGACAUCCGGCGCGGUGCCCUAUGCCAGCCGCGAAUUUGGCAGCGGCCACGCCGCUGUGCUUCUGUGA